CAUCAUUCAUGUAACCUCUCUUAAACUUACAAGACCUCCUGUCUCUCACCUCCCUCCAUUAUACUGAACCACCCACCCAAGUGCCUUCUGCAAUUGGCUUGAGGCAUUGUACUCUCAUGUCGGAGUACAGAGCAGAUAUAAUCCAACAACUUGGGAGGAUUCCAGAGGUCUCCUUGGAGUACUUUGAAAAAUUCGUGCUUCCUCAUACUGCCUAUCUUGAUCACAUAGACGACAUCAUAGCUAUUCUCCGGGAUGAUGGAAUACUGGCGGCUACUGACGAUAAUUCUGGACUGUGGUGGGCUGACUUUCCUGUCGAUCCAAAAUACAGCGAAAAUUCAGAACAGGAGACUUUCAUGUGUAUGGCAGCCAUUGCUGCGGCUGUUGUCAAAGCCGCUCAGCAGGUCCUUCCUGGAUAUCGAAACCCUACAACUGCGAUGGAAUGCACUAGAGCUCAUCAGCCGGCUGUCUCAGACUCGAAAGAGUGCGAUGGAUCACUCGUCCCUGAUGGAUACUACAGACUUUUGCAAUCUAGGCAUCCAACAUAUGUUCAAGACGCGAGAUCCAUGAUGGUAGUCGAUGUGUCAAUGUCUGCUGACUUAGACCCGGAUAUCAUGACUUAUAAUAUGACGACGCUAGAAGAAUAUUCGCGGAAUGACCAUACUAGCAACAAGAAUGAUAACAUCGCAAAACUGGUAGAGAAUACGACUGAGGUGAUGCAUGCAGACCCUACCCGUCGUUUCAUGUUUGGGACGACGAUUGAAAAUACCCAAGCUAGCUUCUGGUUCUUCUCACGAGCUAUUAUACUUGUCUCCGAGUCGUUCAAUUUCAUCAAGGACUACACUCACCUCAUCCAUUAUAUACUUUCGCUGACAUUCGCAACUGAGGAGGAACUUGGCUUCGAUCUAUCUAACACGUAUCGAACGGUCGAAUGUCUUAGCUCCUUCCGCACCAAUAGCGUGGCAACUCGCGCAACCCGGGUUUGGAAGGCGUUCCAGCUCAACGACCCUCAAUACCGAGAACGCGCACUAAAGGAUGUCUGGAUACCUUCUGAUGCCAAAACUGAACUGGAAAUCCAGCAAGACAUCUCUCGCAGCAUUGAGGAAAAUGAACCAGGCAUCAGCAAGGACUAUCGAAAGCAUUUUAUGAACAUCCUGGACUGCGAAGUGGUACGGACUUCACGAAACGAUGAUGACGACAUGGCGGUGUUCGUGCGUGCACUUGUAGAGUCCAUUGGCGAUACCUCACACACUCAAUGUCUUCACAAAGGCAGAAAGCAUGUCCGUGUAGUAUUCGCAGAUGUCGGUAUGCCCCUUUAUCACGUUCAGCAUCACAAUAUCCUGUUCUCAGCUCUCAGAGAUGCCUUGAAAGGUCUUUAUUAUCUCUUCUUGGGUCAUUACGUUCACCGUGACAUCUCUGCCGAGAACAUACUCCUCUGCAAUGGAAUAGCCAAGAUAUCCGACCUUGAAUACGCGCAAAGGUUCUUAUUCGGGUCGAAAAAGGAUCCGAAAACAGGAACUCCGAGAUACAUGGCUGUGGAAGUGCAGGCAGCCACGUACCUCCUCUAUAAACCGGCAAGAUCGUUUGAAAACUUUGGACAGAAACUGGUCAAACGAUUUUUUCACAACUACAUACAUGAUAUCGAAUCUCUGUUCUGGAUUGGGUUUCAUGUGUUGUUCUCGACUAUCCCAGCGGCCUACACCUAUGCACAGAAUGCGACCGGCAACGCGAGUUGUUGGACAUUUUCUUUCCAUGCGGUGGAAUCCCUUCCUCUUGACUACCAACCUGCCGCUCGUGCCUGUUUUCAUAUACGGGACAUCAUAAGUUAUCUCUACUACCAAGUAGAACAGCAGGCGGAUUUCCUUCAGCAUGAACAUUUCCACAUUGUCUAUCAUCCCGCGAAACCCCAGCUAGAUCUGUCUGAGGCCUUCCAAGCUGCUGCAAAAGUUGCGUACGAUGGCGAGACCCAACUCCUACCUCCUAUAAAUGUUAUCAUUCGUAGGCCACGUCAACUACCUGUGAAGGCCGAGAACGACGGCGACUGUGCUGCUGAUCCAACUCAGUAUAUCGGCGAAGGGACUCAAGUGGCUAGCAAGAAGCGUAGGACGAGUGUAGUGAUGGAGAAGGUCACCGGGCAAGCUUGCAGUAAUGAAGACGGCCCAUCGGUGCAAGGCAUCCACAGCGUAGGAAAGAGAAGACGUUUUUAG